AUGAUAACAUGUAAGACAAUAACCACGGCAGCAGGAGGCAGUGUUCACAAGAAUCAGGCAGUAUGGCUAAGCACUGGCAAUGGCUAUUCAGUACCGGCAGUUGUGGUUGAAAGUGAACCAGUAAUGAUUCGCUUACUGCAAUCGAAUCAUGUAAUGCAAAUUGAUAAUGUGGCUCGAUUAUGCGCACGUAAGAAGUUCAAUGUUAAUGUGGAGGAUCUUGUGGAGAUUUGUGAUAACUGUGAAUCAGCAUUAUUAUACUCACUGCAGAAACGUUUCGAGAAUAAACGAAUCUACACAAAAGCUGGUGAUGUGAUGAUAGCACUGAAUCCAUAUGAGCAUUUAUCGAUAUACGACGAUUCUGUGAUCAGUUUAUAUCGCGAUCAGCAGAUCAACGCAUUGCCUGCGCAUAUAUUCUCGAUUGCUGAACGAGCUGUAUGCAAUGCAAAGAAUAGAUCCAAGAACGAAAUGAUCUGCUUUAGCGGUGAAUCAGGCUCAGGCAAAACUGAGAAUCUGUUGCAAGCAGCACGGUAUAUUGUGAAGGCGAGUAAGAAGCGGACGAUUACACCGGAACAAGUAAAAAAAUAA